AUGUGGGCCGAAGUAAAUGGAGAGCGUAAGAAGGUCGCCUGCGGCCCGUGCAUUCGCGGCCAUCGUUCAUCAAAAUGCGACCAUAGGGACCGGGUACUGGUUGAGGUUCGAAAGCCUGGUCGGCCGCUGAGCAGCUGCCCCCACCCGACUGGCUCUUGUAGUUGUGAGCGUGUUGUCAUCAACUACACAAUCCCCAAGGCCUCGCAAUGCGCCUGUCCCUCCGAACGAGAAGCGCCAACAGCUACCGUUGUCGGAAACAGCCGAAUAUCAAAAGGCAGGCGCAAGUCUGUAGCAGUCAACCCCUUCUACUUGGAAAAAGCUGUCCGGGCCGGUCUAGACACUGAAACCGAUGCCUCUUCGAAUACGCAAACGCCCUCCGAGACAAGUGGUAGCAACGCCCCAUCAUUACCCUCAAGUGCAAGCUCAACACCGCGCUUGCUACCUGCGCAAAACGACUCUACUCCAAGCUGUUGUAAACCGAAACCGGUGCUUUCGCCAGUGCAGACGGGAGGAUGUUGUGGCAACAAAACCAACCCAGUUCCAGAGCCACCAGUACAAAAGAAGUCUUGCUGUUCUGGCUCGUCCAAACAAGCACCCUCAAAUUACCAGCCCAAUGGUUUUCAACAUAUCGGACAACAGUUCCAGUUCCCAGCACAACCCCAAGGAAUGAUGCCACAGUUUCAUAUGUUCCACCCACAGGCCAUACCAGCCACACCAAAUCCGUUUGGCCUCGGCACCCCGAUUUACAACCACGCAGCAGCGGCUUACCAUCAAAGCAACGCCGUACCGAUGAGCCCUACAGCGAAUGGGCCCAUGUCGCCGCAUAUAAAUACACCCCCCAUUGGUCAGCAUGUUCCAGAACAUAACUGCCACUGUGGUGAAUCAUGUAGCUGCUUCGGAUGCGCGGCCCAUCCAAACAAUGCCACUAUGAUGGAGUAUGUCAGAGUCAUGGCUCACUUCCAAUGCACUGGCGGAUUUGGAGGAAUGGUACCACCUCUUUACGACAUGCCAACAUACCCUCAUCAAGCUGGAUACGGCGCCGAAACAGGCCACCGAAUGAAUUACGGCUCCAUUUCACAAAGCAUAGCGACACCCACCCCAACACAAAUGACCUUCCCGAGCAGUAUGGAUAUGCCAGCUGAGCAAAAUCAAUCCAUGCCGAUGCAUGGAAACUGGCAACAACCAAUAUCGGCCAUACCCAAUCUUUCCCAGGCUCCAUUCUUGAGCAAUAUUGACUAUACAGCCCCUGCCCCGGCAACCGAAAGCCAACCGCCCCUGAAGACCGAAGAAACCAUGAGUUCACCCGUUGCGGACAGUCCCAGCGACAACAAAGACGAGGACACGCCUACACUUUCCCCAUCAUCCUACUUCUGGAACGAAAUGACCCUGCCAGGCUGCUCAGACGCAUCGGGUACCUGUCAAUGCGGAGACGGCUGCGCAUGUGUCGGCUGUCUGACGCACGGCGGCCACACGGGCGAGCGCCUAGACGACAUGGCGGCACCCGAGCAAACCGCUUUUCCCAAUUUCACCCUGGAUCUCGGUCUCAACAUGAACGAUCCAUCCGACUUUAUCAACUUUACGCCUGCCGCAAGUUGA